AUUGCAACGUGUACAAACAAACAGUAAUAUAUUUGUUUUACGCGUUUACCUUGUUUAGUGCACGAAAAUUAGUGAAUUUUGGGUCGACUCUCUCACAAUAACUUGUCGGUUUACCUAAAAUACAGCAGACAGUGUUUUGUGACAUCAAGUGGAGAUAAUUUUCACAAUUUGAGAGUCGCGGUGAGUAUCAAAACAUCGCAGUGUUUGGGGCUCGAAACGCGAGGGGCUCAACGUAAUCGGUAUACUUUCAAAUGGCUGGUGCUCACAUACCGGUGUCAGAUGGGCACUAAAGACGGAUGCAACCUCAUCGACGACCAAACCUACGCCAAGGAAGACUCUCGAGCGCUGCCCGGACCGCAAUAUUAUACGAAAUCGGUGUACCAGGACCUGGACGACGCUGACACCACGGUGGCGAUGGGAAAGUUUGGGCAGAAGGUGUUGGUCUGGCAAGCAAUUUGUACCUGUGGUUUGCGGUCGUCGAUUUUCUUCACGAAGGGCACAAUUAAUGCCAAGGUGUACGAGGAAGAAUGUUUGAAGAAGAGAAUGCUGCCACUGUACAGAAAGCAUAAGGCUCCUCAUCUCUUCUGGCCGGAUUUGGCUUCAGCCCACUACGUCAACUCCGUUCUACAGUGGUUGUCAAAAAAUAAUGUACAAUUCGUGGAAAAGGACAUCAACCCACCGAACUGCCCGGAUCUUCGGCCAAUUGAAAGGUAUUGGGCAAAUGUCAAGCGGCACUUUCGGAAGGAAGGUACAGUGUCCCAAAACAUGCAGGAGUUAAAAAAAACUGGACAGCUGCCACCAGGAAAGUCACAAAAGUAACUGUG